AUGGAUUCGAGCCCAACUUCUCUGCUCUUAUUCCCUUCACAUGAACUCAUGAAUACUCACGGAAAAGAUUCGUACGCUGCAAGCAGUCUCAUCUUCGACUCUUCGUACCUACGCAAUCAAUCUUCCAUUCCUCGCCAGUUCAUCUGGCCACAUAGAGAGAGUUCGAGCAAGGUGAAUGAGCUUGAAGCACCCGUCAUCGAUCUUAAGGGAUUCUUCCAUGAUGACGAAGCAUCGACAAAGGUAGCUGCCGAACUCGUCUGUUCUGCUUGUACUGAGCACGGCUUCUUCCAAAUCACCAACCAUGGCGUCGACUCGUCUCUCAUUGACAAAGCCUUGAGUUGCAUUGACGAGUUUUUUAAUCUCCCACUGCAGUACAAGCUGAAGGCACGCAGAAAGCCUCAAAGCAUGUGGGGCUACGCCGGUGCCCACACCGACCGCUUCACUACAAAGCUCCCAUGGAAGGAGACUCUCUCCUUCGGCUACGAUAGCGCUGACUCACACUCCUCCAUUAUCCUUGACUACUUCACAUCCAACCUGGGGAAUAGUUACAAGAGAAUGGGAAUGGUGUAUCAGAGAUACAGCGAAGCGAUUACAAAGCUCUCUCUUUCGGUCAUGGAGCUUCUAGCGAUAAGCUUGGGGGUGGAUCGAUCCCACUAUCGUGAGUUCUUCGCAGACAGCAGCUCAAUAAUAAGGUGCAAUUACUAUCCGCCAUGCCAGGAGCCAGAGCUCACGUUUGGUACAGGGCCGCAUUGCGACCCGACCUCGCUCACAAUCCUUUUGCAGCAGGAAGGUGUCGAAGGGCUGGAAGUUUUUUCCGGCGGAGAGUGGCGAGUGGUGCGGCCUGUGGCAGGCGCUCUGGUCGUUAACAUCGGCGACACAUUCAUGGCACUAUCUAAUGGUAGGUACAAGAGCUGCUUACACCGGGCAGUGGUGAACAACAAGCAGGAACGAUUGUCGCUUGCCUUCUUCCUGUGUCCUAAAGAAGACAGAGUGGUAAUCCCCCCAACGUGCAUUGUGGAUGAGGAGAAUCCGCGGAAGUACCCUGACUUUACAUGGGCUGAGCUAUUCGACUACACACAGACUCAUAGAGCUGACAUGCGAACACUACAAAACUUCUUCCACUGGCUGCUUUCCUCCCCUGGCCCGUUUUAG